GACCAUUCCAGCAUGGAAGAAGAUAGUGAGUCAUAUCCUUACUGAACCAUUUUACAGAUGUCCUCUCUUUCCCACAGGUUUUUGUUUAUCACGCUUCAGCUUCUAGCGAAUUUCAUUACCAUUUCACAAGGUCUUGCUGCUCUGAGUCCUUCAGAUGGCAGGGGUGGUGUUUAUGAAGACCUGAAGUGGACGUCUCUGCUAUGUUGUGAGCUGCCCUUUGCUCAGACAGUUGACAGUGGUCUUUCAGAACACCAACCUGCAGAACCGUGUCAGCUGCUAAAUGCUACAAAACCGGAAUCCUCUAGUAAAUCACUCACCCUUUCUGGAAACUGUUUGGACAUCCAGUGCUGGCUUGAAGGUGAACGGACAAAUUUGAUUUGUAAUGCAAAGAGCCACAGAGCAGCAGCCGCUGCCAGUCUGUUCACUGUUAGUCCUCAACAAUUAGUUCUACAGAUGGAUAUACUUUCAGACAAAAACCAUCCUGCUCAGUGUGCCGGGGAAGAUACUGCCACGUGCUCAGUUUCUCUUCAUGGCAAUGAUGCAACUGUCUCGUUGACCCUCAGUAUAUCUGUGAAUGGGACUACUGCACUGUCACCGAAGAUGCAAAUCAGCACAUAUCAUCUAAGAAGACCAGACCCACCUUUCAAUCUGCAUUACAAUGUGACGAAAGAAGGCGAAGUCAUUUUCAGAUGGAGUGGCACACAACCUGACAGUGAUGCCAUAAACUAUGAGAUCCGAUACUCUUCCAAUUCCUCGCUUCAGCAGUGGGAGGUGGUGAAGGUCAGAGGUUGUUCAUGGGUACCUCUGAAUGAGCUCAGUUCUGGGAUCAGAUACAUAGUCCAAGUGCGCUGCCAAAACUACUUAAACUACUGGAGUGAAUGGAGCCAACCUUUCUAUUUCACACUAGAUGUCAGUUACAUCCCUGCUGAAGUCUUCACGACGCCCGGUUCAGAGGUAACGGUUUAUGCCGUCUUCCACAACCGCAGCUGGAAUGCGAGUCAGGCUGUGUGGAUGCUAAACGGGCAACAGAAGAUUCCGGAAAGCCAGUACAGGGUGAUCAACGAUCAGGUUAGCGCAGUCACUAUGAAGGUAGAUGAACCCGGGUUUGAUGUUCUGAUGUGCUGCCAGCCGUGGGGAGAGAGGUUCAAAUGCAGCAUCGCCUAUGCCAAAAUAUACACAGAAGGGAGGUUCAAUGCGGAUAUUACCUGCGAGAGCAAGAAUUCAAUGGUGGACACCAUGAGGUGUGAGUGGAAUAAAAGUGUUUGGGCACAGGUCAGACUCCUUUACAGACAAUAUACCUCAAUAUGUGAAACCAUAGCAAAGACGCAGGGCAGUGAAGAAGCUGAAGAAAACAUGUCUUUGGUAAAGGAGUGCCCAUCUGGAGCAGGAGACCACAGAGAAUGCACUUUAAGCGACCUUAGCUUGUUCUUUUGCUACAAAAUCUGGUUGGAAGUGGAAGGAGGGCGUGGCAAAGUGAGAUCACUUCCUGUCUAUGUUUUACCCAUUGACUAUGUGAAACCAUCUCCUCCCUCAGUCCUUGAAGCGAUCACUUUGCCAAACAAAACCUUGAGCGUAAAGUGGAAACCUCCCCAUUUACCUGCAUACGACAUGGAGUAUGAGCUGCGCUUCGUGCCUUUGCGUGGGAUGGCAAAUGUGCAAUGGGAGGUCAUCAGUUCUCUAUUGGAACCACAGGCAGAGAUUCCGCUUGAAGAUUCCUGUGUUCAGUUUAAAGUAGAAGUUCGCUGUAAAAGACUGAAUGGCUCUGGAUACUGGAGUGACUGGAGCAGGAGUCACACUUCGAUGGUUUACAACAGGAAAGCACCAGAAAUGGGACCAGACUUCUGGCGCGUUCUACAAGAGGAUCCUGUUAGGAAUGUGACAAAUGUCACACUGAUCUUUAAGCAGCCUGUCCUAGCAGGAGAUCCAUAUAGUUGUGUGGAGGAUCUCGUGAUUGAACACCAGGCCUCAGGUGGAGCCGUGUGGUCAAAAGAAACAACCUUGGCUCAGUUUCACUCGUUCCAGUGGAGGAAGGAAGUGCACACAGUCACUGUAAUGUCUCGCAACGCUUUGGGCAUCUCUACACGGAAUAGCAACAUGACGCUGUUACAUCAACCCAAACGACGAUGUGUACGUUCGUUCAGCGCAGUUGCAAAUGUGAGCUGUGUGCAUCUCUCCUGGAGCCUGUUACCUGAUCAGCCGGUGCCUCAGUCAUUUGUCAUCGAAUGGUUAGACCUGAACAAAGACCCUAAACAGGACGGAUCUCUAACUGAGAGGCUACAGUGGGUCAGAGUUCAGUCCGCAUCGAGGGAUCUCUCUCUUUGCCGUCGUUUUUAUGGCUCAGAGAAGUUCACAUUGUAUCCAGUGUUUGUGGAUGGUGAGGGGGAGCCGGUUCGAUACACAGCUACUAGGGGCAACCCUGCAGCGUACAUACUGCUAUUGAUCAUUGCGUUCCUGUCAGUGGUGCUGUUUGUCACACUCAUGAUGUCACAAAACCAGAUGAGAAAACUCAUGUGGAAGGAUGUUCCAAAUCCCAACAACUGCUCCUGGGCCAAAGGAAUGGACUUCAGGCAGAUUGACACCAUGGAGAACUUGUUCCCUCACCCAGAAGGUCUCACUGCCUGUCCGCUGCUGCUGGUCUCUGAGAGCAUCUGUGAGGUGGAAAUCGAGAAAUCCCCUCCCCUCAUGCUUGAACAUGAAAAAGAAAAUGAAGUUCUCAUUUAUAACUCUGGAGAACAGGAAACCACAGACUCCUCUGAACCUUUAUCACUGGAGGCUUCCACUGCCGCUGCUACCCCAGAAACAUCAGGCCAGUCCUCAGUGACAUACUCGACCGUUCUCCUCUCCGAUCAGCCUGCUCUCCUUCGAAAGCAGCAGGAGAGUCUGAGCAGCUCCAGCGACGAAGGCAACUUCUCUGCCAACAACUCAGACAUUUCUGGCUCCUUCCCUGGAGGACUCUGGGACAUGUGCUCGGACAGCACCAAUCCUCGCCAUUCCAGCUCCUACAACUCCGUGGAAGAGUUCUCGGAAACAUCGGAACAAGAUUAUGAAGCAUCGGAAAGCAUUGGUGUAGCCAAAGACCUCUACUACCUCAAGAUGAAUGAGGAGGAGAAGCAGGAAGGAGAAGAGGAUAUUGAGGAAGCACAGGAUGGACAGGAUAGGAUUGAGAUAGUUAUGAGGGUGGACGCCAGGCCUCUUCUGGAAGGCAAAAAUUCCACAGCCGUCGAUUCCAAUAAUGUAUCUCAUAGCAUUCCACUUUAUCUGCCUCAGUUUCGAACUGACUGCAUUAAUCCACCCUGAAAUAAUGAGAACAGCACCACCUGGUGGUAAUGUGGGAUAAUUUUAUUCCUCACUGGAUGGAAGUCC